UCCUGUGGCUGUUCGCGUUCCCCUCGGGCAGGGCAGGGCCGGGCGGCGGUCGCGUCUCGUCCUCGCUGCCCCCUCCUCCCCCUGCCUCGCAGUGGUCGGCGCCGGUGGCGGGGAGGGCGGGGAGGGAGCGCGGCGCCGCCGCAUGCGUGGCUGAUGGAGCCGGGCUCGGGGCUGCCGCAGCGCAGGGCGGGGGGCGGCGGGCUGGACCUCGGGGCGGGCUCGGCGGCGGGGUCGCCGGCGCUCUCCGGGGGGCAGUCCCGCCGCAGGAAGCAGCCGCCGCGCCCGGCCGACUUCAAGCUGCAGGUGAUCAUCAUCGGGUCGCGGGGGGUGGGCAAGACCAGCCUCAUGGAGCGGUUCACCGACGACACCUUCUGCGAGGCCUGCAAGUCCACCGUGGGUGUUGAUUUUAAAAUCAAAACAGUAGAGCUAAGAGGAAAGAAAAUUAGAUUACAAAUCUGGGACACAGCAGGUCAGGAGAGAUUCAACAGCAUUACCUCAGCUUAUUACAGAAGUGCCAAGGGAAUUAUUUUGGUGUAUGAUAUCACCAAGAAGGAAACAUUUGACGAUUUACCAAAAUGGAUGAAAAUGAUUGAUAAGUAUGCUUCAGAAGAUGCAGAACUUCUAUUAGUUGGAAAUAAACUGGACUGUGAAGUUGAUCGAGAGAUUACUCGACAGCAGGGAGAGAAGUUUGCACAGCAAAUAACCGGGAUGCGGUUCUGUGAAGCAAGUGCCAAGGAUAAUUUUAAUGUGGAUGAAAUAUUUCUAAAACUUGUUGAUGACAUUCUGAAGAAGAUGCCACUGGAUGUUAUAAGAAAUGAGUUGUCCAACAGUAUCCUGUCCCUGCAGCCAGAGCCAGAAAUCCCACCAGAACUGCCUCCUCCAAGGCCACAUGUCCGUUGCUGUUGACUUGUUACUUCCUACAGAGUGAAAAAUAGGAGCAGGAGGGUAAAGAAAGUAUCUGUACUACUCUGCACUACAAUCAUUUGGCAGUUUCUCGUUGCACUUUGUUAUUCAAGUCAGAGCUACACACUAACUUGUAAAUAUGCAAAUAUGCAAUCCUAUGUAGGAUUCAACUAUAACAUUAAUUAUUACCCCUCUCCCUCACAAUGAUGUUUUGUUCAUUGCCCCAGUGUUAUAAAUACUGUACAGUCGUUGGGGGUUUGCCACACAUCAGUUGAGGAGAAGAAGAAAUUAAAUCUAUACCUAUUCUUGACAUAAAUGUUGUAAUAGUUCUUUGUUAUUAUAAACAGGCAGGCAGAAGCUCUUCUGGUAUGAAGAUAAGUAUAUGGUGCUUUGCUAACUAUUUUAAAGACAAAUUUUUUAAAAACAGAGGACUUUAUGUACAAAGCUUCCAUAAUGGGCGUUAUGUUUCCUUUUAAUGUAGUGAAAACACUUUUUGGCUGUAGCAUCCUCUGCUGACUGGAUUUAUUGAAAAGCUAAGUUUAAUUUUUGGCAGUCUUCUAUUUAUUUCGUUUAAUGCUGCACCCUUUCUUUGUGUACCAAGACAUCACAUCUGGUGCAGAUCUAAGAUUGCACUUUGAAAUAGCAUAUAUAAUUUUCUGCAUAAACAUAAACUUGGGUUACAAGAAUCACUAAGUUUCAAUAAAAGAAUGGAUAUAUAUUCAAGGUCUAAAAGAAAGUAUAAAAAGCAAUGCUGCUGUCCUAGACAAAUUCUUUAAAAAAAAAAAUUAAGAUUAUACUUUUCCUGUGUUAAGGAAUAUAUAUGUGUAUUUUUGUCUGGACAUCUGUAGGGUUGGGGGGAAGGGAACCUAAGGUAAAAUUAUUUUCUUUCCUAAUGGUGGAAAUUAUUCCCAUCAAGCAAAUAUUGUGUUAGGAUUUUGUCUGAUAAUUAACUUGUGAAUUAUAUCUUUGGUAUAUCUUUUAUUAAAUGCACUGUUUAGUUUAGCUGUGGUAAAUCAGUAGAUACAUAUUUGAAUAACUCGGUGUGUCCUGAAUGUUGUGGUAUUGAAAAACAUUGUGGUCUUUCUAAACUAAUGAAGUGCAAAUAAAAUUUUGUAUUUAUGAAUGACAGUGGAACUGCACCUGUUAUUAGAAUGGCGAGAAUCAAGUGAUGGGUAAAAGGUAGAAUCUGGAAUAUGGAACAACACUUGUUUUAAUUUUGUUAUAAUUUAAUUUUCUGCUUGACAGUUCCUUUAGGUGUAGUGAGAAGAGCAGCAGACGUUCGUUGUUCACCUUGAUCACUGCUCUGUUGGGAGAGCAGCUGAUGACCUAGCCCAGCUCAUAUCUUCAAAAAUAGCAUGUGACUGCCUGUCAUGCUGUCUUAGCAGGUGGUCGCCAGACUAUUAAUUACACAGAAAACACAAGUAUGAACCGGUCUUUUUUACACUACAGCUUUUCUACUUCACGUUCUCUGGUGCUGGAACACAUUUUGUAACUUUUGCCACUCUUCUAGCCAGAACACUGGCACUGGAACAGUAAGGCAUACCGCUGACUUAAACAGCUUCUCUCUGUUUUAUGGGAGAAAAAAGAUACGAGAAACCUUUAACAUUUAAAAAAAAAACCAAACAAACAAAAACAAACAAAACCAUACCAAAAAAAGAGCCCUUAUUUCACUGAGUAAGCUCUGACAGCUUGAAUACAAUACCAUGCAGGUCUUAAGCACACCUGGAUUUCUACUGACAAAUUGAGGAAAGCAUGGUUGAUAUUUGUGUCUUCUACCACCUUGUGCCUAAACAGUUUGCUUUUUUACAUGAUAAACUUACAGUUUGCUAUCAUAUUGGCAAGGUAAAAUAAAUUUCUAAAGCACUUCUACGAGUUCUGAUGAUACUGUGGGCAAUAGCAAGGAAGGGAAUCUUAUGGAAAAUGGAUUUUAACUUGACAACUAUUUUAUUUUAGCUGAUUUGUUUUUAUUUGUACUUAGAAACUUGUGAUUUUUUUUUUCCUGCAGUUUUUGAAUUUAAUAAAAAUUAAGACAUUUGACUUAGAUAAACUUU